AGACGGCCUCGCUCCCACAUUGUAGUGCUGAAUCCGAUCGCAAGAAGGUGACGCAACCUGUCGAAACUCCAAAAGGCAGUAACCGCCUUCCUUUCCAAUUUGAAUCCGACUCGACGUCAGGGUUUCACUUCCAUGUCGAUCGCCAAUUCGCCAUUGCGUGUAUAUAUACUUGCCGCCGAUCCACACCGACAUGCAUACAGCUCUUCCAAAGAUCGCCUGCUUUCCCUUCCAGUCCACACGCGCGCGCGGCCGUCUCCCUCCACUCCGAACCAAGCACCGCAAGCGGUCGUCGAUCGAGUGCCAUGGCCGCCCGCAAGCGACCCGCCGCCGGCCAAGCGACGACCGCCCAAGGAUCGGCGACACAAGGACGCAAGAGGAGCCGCACAGACGAGUACGACGACGUGGCCUGCCUCGGCGAGGGCGGCUUCGGCGCCGUCGUCAUGGCGCGCAACCGCGCCACCGGCAAGACCGUCGCCAUCAAGCGCCUCUCCACGCCGUCCGCGACCAGCGUCGCCGACCUCCAGCGCGAGGCCGGGUUCCUCAGGGCCUGCAGCGGGAACCCCUACGUGGUCGGCUUCGAGGCCCUGGUGGUGCACCCGGCCACCGGCCGCCUCUCCCUCGUCAUGGAGCACGUCGCCGGGCCGAACCUCCACAAUUUCCUCUGGGACAGGCGCCACGGCCAGCCGCUGCCGGAGCCCACGGUGCGCGCCUUUAUGUGGAAGCUGCUCACCGGCGCCAAGAUGAUGCACGCCCGCCACGUCGUCCACCGCGACAUCAAGCCGGCCAACAUCCUCGUCGGCCAAGACGGGGAGCUUGUCAAGAUCUGCGAUCUCGGGCUCGCGGUUUCCAUGGUCGAGCCUCCGCACUACACCCAAGCCGGCACCCCGUUCUACACGGCGCCAGAGAUGCUGCUGCAGAAGCCGGACUACGACACGCUCGUGGACACCUGGUCGCUCGGCUGCGUCAUGGCCGAGAUGCUCGCCGGCGGCAAGGCGUUGUUCCCUAGCGGUCGCGGAGAAGAUGACUACGUCGACGAGAUAUCCCAGCUGUGGAGCAUAAUCCGAGUGCUCGGCAUGCCGGACGAGAGGACGUGGCCGGGGUUCGACUCUCUGCCGCUCGCCAUGGCGGUGCAACUCCUACCGCUACCGGCAGGGCACGAGCACAACAGGCUGCGCGAUCUGUUCCCCGAAGAGAAGCUGUCAGAGCAAGGAUUCCAGGUGCUGCAAGGCCUUCUCACGUGCAACCCCGACAAGCGACUCACGGCGGCCAAGGCGCUCAAACACCCAUGGUUCGCUGCUCCUCGUCCUGCACCUGCCGCUGCCACCGCGUUGCCGAGAAAGAAGGCGACUCCGCUCAGUCUCAUCCCACCGGCGGCACCAGAGAAGAACGUACUCAAUAUUCAAGUGGCGAUGUGGAACGCACAACGAGUGUAGAGAAACCAUGUAGUAAAACUGUUUCAUGGCAGAGCUUGGAUGAUUGAUCCGUGUA